AUGUUGGACGGCGGUUUGGGUAAAUUGCAGAGGAGGAUGAGGGGUCGGUUUGGUGAUACCCUUAAUCCAGAUGAUGCCUACUUGAGCUUAACGCGAGAGGACAUGCAAUCUCUCAAGAACGAUUGGCUCACAGACAAUAUCAUCUCCUUUUGGGAAGAAUACCUGGAACAUGAAUUCCUUUCCCGAUACAAGACCUCCAACAUCGUCCUCCUCCGACCCAGCAUGUCGUUCAUGCUCCUCCAGACACCCGACCCCCGCACCCUCCGCCAAGCUCUUCCCGACUUCUCUCGAACCACGCACGUCUUCCUCCCCAUAAACGAUUGCCAUAACGUCACACAAGCAGAAGGUGGCACGCAUUGGUCAUUACUGUUGAUCUCCAUCGUUGAUGGAAUUGCAUUCCACUAUGACUCGUUGGUCUUUGGAAACCACGACGAGGCCAGAUACGUCACCACACAAUUCAGCAAGCUCCUCGGACGCCCGCUCGCCUGGCAACACCUGCGAGACUCGCCCCAACAAGAUGGAGGAAGUGAUUGCGGUGUGUUCGUUUGCAUGAACAUGCGCCAUCUCCUUCUAAAGCGACUCCUCAUGGCCAGUGCGCACGAGAAGGUCAGCAUGAGUCUCGGCGGACGGAAGAUGGACCCCAGCGCCUCGCGCAAGGAAAUGGCCAAAAUCAUCGAAGGAUUCAGGAAGGAAGGUGAACGACGGCGAUCGGCUAGCGCAAGUCCCAUGGGCAAGAAAUCGCGCAGUCCCCCACGGAUUGAGUAA